CCCACUCUGCUCCCCCGGGUCGGAACCCCUAGGAGCUGCGCGCCGGGUUGCAGCGCUAAGCCGAGCGGAGAGCUCCUCGCGCGCCCGGAGCUCCUCGAGCUCGGCUCCCUCGCGCUCCAGCUACAGCCUUCCAGGCCCUCUAGCCGCGCCGAGCCGAGCAACGGGCCCGGGACGAGCUCGGGCUCCGGCCGCCUUGCGCUUUCCCGGCUCGGUCCCGCUGCCCCCCGGGGGUCGCGCGCCCACGAUGCCACAGGGCCCUGGCUUGCUGCUGCUGCUCGUCCUCGCCUCGCACUGCUGCCUGGGCUCCGCGCGGGGGCUCUUCCUCUUCGGCCAGCCAGACUUCUCCUACAAGCGCAGCAACUGCAAGCCCAUCCCGGCCAACCUGCAGCUGUGCCACGGCAUCGAGUACCAGAACAUGCGGCUGCCCAACCUGCUGGGCCACGAGACCAUGAAGGAGGUGCUGGAGCAGGCGGGCGCCUGGAUCCCGCUGGUCAUGAAGCAGUGCCACCCGGACACCAAGAAGUUCCUGUGCUCGCUUUUCGCCCCCGUCUGCCUCGACGACCUGGACGAGACCAUUCAGCCAUGCCACUCGCUCUGCGUGCAGGUGAAGGACCGCUGCGCCCCUGUCAUGUCCGCCUUCGGCUUCCCCUGGCCCGACAUGCUCGAAUGCGACCGCUUCCCUCAGGACAACGACCUCUGCAUCCCCCUCGCCAGCAGCGACCACCUCUUGCCAGCCACCGAGGAAGCUCCAAAGGUGUGUGAAGCCUGCAAAAAUAAAAAUGAUGAUGACAAUGACAUAAUGGAAACUCUUUGUAAAAAUGAUUUUGCGCUGAAAAUAAAAGUGAAGGAGAUAACUUACAUCAACCGAGAUACCAAAAUCAUCCUGGAGACUAAGAGCAAGACCAUUUACAAGCUGAACGGUGUGUCCGAAAGGGACCUAAAGAAAUCGGUGCUGUGGCUCAAAGACAGCUUGCAGUGCACCUGCGAGGAGAUGAACGACAUCAACGCUCCGUAUCUGGUCAUGGGACAGAAGCAGGGCGGGGAGCUGGUGAUCACCUCGGUGAAGCGGUGGCAGAAAGGGCAGAGAGAAUUCAAACGCAUCUCCCGCAGCAUCCGCAAGCUGCAGUGCUAGUUCCGGCGCCCAUGUUGCUUCCGAAAGGCCGGCUCCAAACUCGGCUGACCGUUUCCACCCCAGGACUCAGCUCUCAACUCCCAAGCACAGUCCCUGUGGUUCCAGCCCGAGCCUGGAGCUUCCCCCCUGCCUUUUGCACGUUUGCACCCCCAGCAUUUCCUGACUUACAAGACCCCAGGAAUGGAUAGCUGUUGUCACCUAAAGGAAAAACUCACCCAAAUCUUGUAGACAUAUUCAGACUAAUAAAAUGAAUAUUUUUAUGAAGUAUUAAAAUAGCUCACUUUAAAAGCUAGUGUUGAAUAGAUGCAACUGUGACUUGAGUCUGAUUUUUUUUUUUCUUUUCGUGUUUGGAUCGCUGGUUUUCACUUCCACUGAGGUUGUCCUAACAGGCCGACAGGUUCAUUUUUCUAUAUGGCCCAAGCAGUUGUGGAUCACAAACCCUGUUGAGAUAAAGCUGGCUGUUAUCUCAACAUCUCUGUUCCAGCCUGAUAAUCAGUGUCUAAGUCUCAUGACAAGUCACUUGUCAUUUUACACCCUAGUUGGGAACUUCUAACUGUUGCAUGUAUUACAUUUCCAGCUACGAUAAAUACUUCCAUUGAAAGCACAUUAACCAUUAAUCAUAGCGUGAUUUCUUUGAAUUAAAGGGUGAAACAAAUUUUAUAAUUGACCUGAGUACUUUAAGCUUUGUUUAAAACAUUUCUUAAUUUUGCAAAUUAAACCGUUGUAGCUUACCUGUAAUAUACAUAGUAGUUUACGUUCAAAAGUUGUAAAAAUAUUGCUUUAACCAACUCUGUAAAUAUUUCAGAUAAACAUUAUAUUCUUGUAUAUAAAUUUUACCUCCUGUUUUACCUAU